AUGCCAGCCGUUGUGUUUCCUCCGCCACUUUGGGCAGGAGGUGAGGAGGAGCACGAACGAAACAGACACGAGGAGGUCGAGCAAAUCGAACAGCUCGAACAGCUCGAUCAACACAAUCAACAAACCGUUGGCCGACAAACCACGAAGACAACACACGACGGCAACGUCCACGUUCUGUCCGAAAAGGAUAAGACGCGCAACGAGCCCAUCAACAACGCCAAGGACAAGUCGAUCCAUGACCAGAGACCACGCGCCAGCUUUGACGCAUUCACUUACACGUCGCCCACGUCUGCAUCUCCAUCGGCACCUACAUCCACAUCCACAUCCACAUCCACAGCCCCAUUUCCUGUCCCAUUCAUCCCAUUUACACACCCGCCUACACGCCCACCUUCGCUCGGCUUUCCCCAUCCCUUUCCCACCCCGGCCAACUUUACUGGCAACUACAACGCCAGCUACAAGGUCAGCACCCACCCGCAGGCGCAGCCCCAGAAACGCCUUCGUCGCGUCCGUGUCUACCACCUGCAGAACCGCUGGCCGGCUGACACCAUGGACAAGUCGCGGAGAGCAUCAUCGGCGUCGUCGUCGACGUCAAUGACGACGACGACGACGACGACGACUUUGGUCCCGGACCAUGCCGCAGCACCCCGGCCGCCACCGUUGCCGCUGUCCACAUCCAGCUUUGCCUUUGAGCGGCCGUCGUUGGGCGGUGGCAGGGCGGGGCAGGACGACGACAUGGACGGCAACGACAACAACGGCGACGAAGCACCGGGGAUGGCGUCGUCCACCCGCGUGGCAGCGUCCAUUGCCUUUAUCCACCAGCCCAACCCAGACUACGCCAACGUGGGCGACGAGGAGACGUUGACGGCGGCGACGGCGACGGCCCCGCCGCCGGCCGAGCUGCCCCCGUCCCCGUCCGUGUCGACCGUCACGGAGACGCUCCCUGCGCUCGACACGGCCGCCACCGACGAACUGCUGUCCGUCCUCGGCGCCGUCCCCGACGACGCUGCGGCCGGCGACGGCGACUGGGGCCGGCAUACGCGCGUGUACGGCGGCGGGGUGUGUCUGGCCUGCUUGGCGGCCGAGAGCAGUGGUGGCCAAGGGGGCGAGUACGGCGCCAGCGUGCCAAUGGAGCAGCGGCGGUAA